UCUCUCUCAACAACUUCAGUUACAUCUCUCUCUUUCUCUCUCUACACGUUUCAUUUUCUCUACGCUUUCUGCAACAACCAUUCACAUUUUUCAUUCUCAGUUCAAUCCUUUGCACCUUUGCAAACAUCAAACAUCAACAACAACAAUGGGUGAAACAAAAGACACCCACAUAGUAGAAAUCCCAGUAGACCAAGAGCAUAAUCAUCACAAGAACGUGUUGUGUUCCAUGACAAGCAACAUGAUUGAGGCCAUAGAGGACCACCCUCUAACCGAAAUCUCCGAGAGCCCCGGGCACCUCUUGCUCCUGAAGCUAUGGCAAAGAGAGGAAGAGCUCUUCUCCAAACGCAUUGCUCACAAGGAGACAAGAAUGGAUACCAUCAAAGCUGAACUCUUUCAACUCUCCUCAUUCUUCUUCAUCUUCCAUGCCUUCUUCCUAACCCUCCUUUUCACGUCUUGGGCCAAAGCCCAACAACAAGCCCACCAUAGUGUUUGUCACAAGUGGUGGCUUCCCUCCAUGGUGUCCCUUUGCACCUCCUUUGUGUUUGUGGUUCUUGUGCAGGUGAAGGUGCAUAGGUAUUGGAAGGUGUGGGGGCACUUGCAAAGAGAGAGGAAUGAUGGGAGGGCUGUGACAAGGUGCAUUCAGGAGUUGAGGAUGAAAGGGGCAAGCUUUGAUCUUUCUAAGGAGCCUAAUAGUAGUAGUAGUGGGAAGAGGAUGAAGAGCUCAAGUGUUGAGAUCAAGUGGAGGCCACUCACUUGGUGUUCAAAGAACUCGCUCACCAUUUCCCUUGUUUUCUUUUCAGGUUUGGUGUUUCCUGCUUCCAAGCUUGUCCUCUGUGGCCUGUGAUCCUUGGAUCUGGCUCUCCUUGGAGCAUGGGCUUUGGUGGAUCUUGCUGAGGGACUUGUUGUGCCUCUGCUGGGGAAUGAAGCAGAUUUGGUCCGAUAGAUUAGGCAAACCCUUUUGAAUCAUGAUGUUAAUAAAAGAGGCCUCAGAUUUCAAUGCAAAGUUCAAAUUUUGCAAGGAGGGGGCUGGAGCAUAUGUCAUAUAUACACAGGACCACCUAUGGGAGACAGGAUGCACAUUUAUUUAGUUGAUUUUUUCAUUGAUACAAGGAUUCAUCAAGUCCAGACAUUCUCGCAAGGAUAAACACUUAUUUAGUUGAUUUUUUCAUUGAUACGAGAAGAUUUUUUCCCUUGAUUGUGUUGCUGAUUUGGUUAGUUGAUGAGGGGUCUCAAAGUACGACAUAUUGUUACUUGGAGAUCCUUCAAGAGCGUAGUUCUUUCUAUUCUGAAAGCAACACCUCUUGUGUGCUCCAGAUAUCUACAAUGUUUGGGAACUCUUUCUGCACUACUAUUUGUUGGAAUAUAUUGUGAAAUAAAAUAUGCAAUUCACUUUUUGGAA